GGAAGACAGGACAGUUCUGUUCUGAUCCAUGCACUGCACAGUCAAAGGGAAAUGUACUAUGUAAGAAGAAGUUUGACAGGACCUGAGCGCGGCUCUGGACUUUAGACUCCCUGUUUACCUGUUGGACACCUGCUGCGUGAGGCUCGUUUUGUUUGGACAUGAUUAACGGCACAGCUCUGGACUUGAACGGGAGCGCGCUGACUCUGAGCCACAAUAACAGCACUUUUCCCGCGCUGAGGCUGGAGGCGCGCUCUCUGGUCAUCUCCGCGUCCAUGUUUGCAGUGGGGGUCCUGGGGAACGUGAUUGCGGUGGUGGUGCUGUGCGUGUCCAAGCGCGAGCAGAAGGAGAGCACCUUCUACACGCUCGUGUGCGGCAUGGCGGUCACGGACCUGCUGGGCACGUGCUUCACGAGCCCGGUGGUGAUCGCCACGUACGCGUGCGGCCGGUGGCCCGGAGGAGUGCCGCUGUGCCACUUCUUCUCCUUCUCCAUGUUGUUCUUCGGCUGCGCUGGCACGUGCAUCCUGUGCGCCAUGGCUGUGGAGCGCUACCUCGCUAUAAACCACGCGUACUUCUACUCCCAGCACGUGGACCGUUCAGUGGCGCGCACAGUGCUCCUCGUGACAUACCUGGCCACGCUCACGUUGUGCGUUCUGCCAAGCUUUGGUUUCGGCCGCCACGUGCGCCACUUCCCGGGCACCUGGUGCUUCUUGGACUGGCGCGCAACGGACGCGCUGGGAGCUUGCUACUCGUUCCUGUACGGCAGCGUGAUGCUGCUGCUCGUGACCAUCACGGUGCUGUGUAACGUGGCCGUGUGCCGCUCGCUCGUGGGGAUGAACAAGAGGACGAGCAUAGUGCGCGCGGAGCUGUGUGAGCAGAACAGCCGGCGCCGCUUCCCGCGCCUUCAGUCCGUGAGCUCGGCCGCAGAGAUGCAGAUGCUGUGGCUGCUCGUCUUCAUGACCGCAGUGUUUCUGGUGUGCUCCGUGCCGCUCGUGGUGCGUAUCUUUGUGAACCAGCUGACUGGCCCCGCCCACCUGUCUGAGGGAGCUCCUCCCCCACGGGGAGACCUGACGGCCAUCCGCUUUGCCUCCUUUAACCCCAUCCUGGACCCCUGGGUGUACAUCCUGUGCAGAAAGAACCUGCUGCUGAAGGGCUGUGCCCGCCUUAAGGGGGCGCUGUUGAGUGCCAAAGCGCGGGGGAUGGGGGGGCACCAGGGCUGGGAGGGGGGCCAGCACUCCCCCCCCUCCCUCCACAGUAAUGACACCAGCUACGCCUCCAUCCGCACCACCAGCUUCAGACAGCAUCCCUUCAGUGACCUGACUGGCCGCCAGCCCUGGGACUUCCACCCCUUCAGUGUGCCAGGGGCGGGGCUAGGGCCCGAGGAGGGGGAGGGGCCUAAAGACGAGCUGCAGCAGAAGAAGAGCUGCAGCCAGACGCCUCUGUUAGUGACCAGCGUGAUCGGAGGAGACGUGGUCACAUGUACCUUUAGCUCCCCCAGCCCCAGCCCCUCCCUCAAGUGUCUGUGAUGUCACAACACAACCAGCCCCUCCCUCAAGUGUCUGUGAUGUCACAACACAACCAGCCCCUCCCUCAAGUGUCUGUGAUGUCACAACACAACCAGCCCCUCCCUCAAGUGUCUGUGAUGUCACAACACAACCAGCCCCUCCCUCAAGUGUCUGUGAUGUCACAACACAACCAGCCCCUCCCUCAAGUGUCUGUGAUGUCACAACACAACCAGCCCCUCCUCGUGUGUCUUUGGAGGUGACUUUGUGUCCAUGUCUUGUUGUUUAUCUUGUUUACAUCUGCAGCACUCACACUUUUCACACUUUUCACACUCUGAACACUUUUCACACUCUGAACACUUUGAACACUUUGAACACUUUGAACACUUUGAACACUUUGAACACUUUGAACACUUUGAACACUUUGAACACUUUGAACACUCCAAACACUUUCAGGAGCUCGGAGGCUGAGCUCUGUUCUGGUGAGGAGCCUUUAAGAGAAAGUGGCGACUCUGAGAGCGACUCAAACAAAGUCAAAGGUUUAAGACCAAAUGUCGUUUUGCACAAACGUUGCGUACCUCUCAUGUGGUGGUCACAUGACGGCCCCUCUGAUCACUGCUGUCCAAAUGCAUGAUGGGAGCAAUGCACCUGUAAGUCAUUUCUACUGAGAAAUGUUUCCCUGUACCCCAUGGGUACUGUAUUAUUCUGUGAGGACGUGCUCUUGUGUUUAUAUGCUGCUACUGUCAGUCCCUGAUGCUGUUGCAUGAAUCAGAAUGUAGAAUCAGGAUCAUUGUGAUUCUCGUAGUUCUUCAAAGUGAAUGUGCCAUUGUAAAAGCCAGUGAACAUAUCAGCUGCUCCAUG